UUGUUUUAGAAUGUUUAAAUUGCACUAUUCAACAGUUAUAAAUUAUUUGAUUAAUCGAAUAAUCCAUAGUUGAAUAGCACGUAUUUUUUAAAAAAUUUCUGACGUUUGUAACAAUAAAAUGUUUAAAUACUGAAAUUGUAGUAACUUGUAUGUAGCGAUAUAAAAUGUUGAUUUGAAGUCUUUUAGGUUUAUAUAGGACUAAGAUAAUAAUGUUUAUCUUAAUCAAUCGAUGAUAUAUCUGUCGAUUUCAAGUCUCAUUUAUUGACUGAGUGCACGAUUAGAAGUUACAUUCGUAUGCAUUCGUGUUCGUUGAUUUUAUAAAAAUUUUGAUAUGAUUGUACUUCAAUAUGGCGAACCGCGACAAAGGACGCAAAAAGUGGGGAGGAUUUUUACAAGAUAAUACAAAAUUGGAAAAGGAUAGAUCAAUGGGAAUGCGUGGUGGAGGUAAUAGAGCAUCUCAAGCUUUAUAUAGGCCAGGAAGUGGACCUCUUCGCAAGUCUGGUAGAUCUUCAGAUGAUUUAGAUAAUGAGAAUCUCUCGCAGGAGAAACCUAAGUCUAGCUCCGUCCAACAUCGUUUGAAGCAAUCACAACUCAAUAGAUCCAAUCAAAUGCUAAACAGUUCACCAUCUUCUCAAGUUGAAAAUGUAACAGAAAAAUUGAAUGAUCUAAAUAUUAACUACAGAACUACUACAAAUAUUGAUCAGACACCGAGUUCUUCUCAAAAUAGUAAUUCAGGAGAUUUAAGAAAGAAAACUAAGAAGCCAGAACAACAAUUAUAUAUACCUAAAAAAGUAAAAGAAGCAUUGGCUGAACAGGAUACAUCAAAUAGGUCUCCUAAUCAAGGUUGUUGGGAUCGAGAUCAAGACAGAGAACUCAGCGAAGAUCGAGAUUCUCAUUCCAAUCGUAGCUAUAAAAGUGAUAGUCAUCGUAAUCGAUCGAGUGGUCAUAAUAGACGAGAUAAUGAAAGCGGAAGUAAAGGCAGGGACGAUCAUGGGAAAAGAUAUUCGGGAAAUCGUCGAAAUCGUCAUGGUAAUGAGAACGAGGAGCGCUGGCGAUCAGACUCUCCUUUGUCUAGCAGAGGUUACGGAAAUCGAAAAGAUAAUUCUCGUGAAGUUAGACAGGGUUCAGAACCUCUUUUUGUAACAAUGAAUCAUGUGAAUGAUUUUAACCGCACUAGAGAUACGCGUAGUGUUGAACCCGCUGGACAUCUGGAAAAGUUUCAAGGCAAACCUCCUUCAGGCAAAUGGGGUGGUACGAAAGAUACUUUGCCAAAAAAUAUAAAAAUAGAACAUUUACCACCCAGGUUACAAAAAAAAUAUCUUAUGGAUAAUGGUUUACCAUUGCCACCAACAAAUUCAUUGCCUUCAGAAGAUACAUGGAAUGGUAGUAGUGUUACAUUUCAGGGAUCCUCAAAUUACAAUUAUCCACCUGCAAUGCAACAUUCUCAAACAAUGCAAAAUUUACCUCCAUCUGGCCCUCUACCUCCUCAACCUAGCUGGUCCAAUACAGUGCCAGCACGAAGUAGAGGUAGAGGUAGACUUAGACCGGAAGAUUUGGAGAGUUCAACAAAUAUUUUCAGAUGUGUUACGCCUGAUCAAUAUUCGGCUCCAAGUUCCAGGUCUCAUACACCAAGUCAAGAAUACAUGCCAAGGUCUUACGAUCGUCGUGGCAGUAAUAGCACUAUGUAUACUAGUAUGGAAAGCUUAAGUCGAGCUGAUACUUCUUUGAUGCCACCACCACCGGCGGUGUCACCUACUACUUCGGCAUCCAGUGCAAGUAAACGUCAAACUUCACCUGACAGUCAUCGUAGAGGAGUAUCUCCGUCUUCGAUUUCUCACCGCAAAAACACGCAACGGAUGAGUAAUAAUGCGCCCGAACGUAAUAUAGCACAGGAAAAGAAAAGUAGUCAACAAAAUUUAGGCGUCAGUCCAUCGAAAACUGAGACUCUUAGUACCGAAUUAAAUACAUUACCGGAUCACCCAUUUGAUUGGAAUGAAGAAGUUGAAUUAAAUGAAAAACUCGAAGCCGAGCGGGCGAGUCGCAGUUCUUCUGUAUUAAGUUUGCGUGAGAAUGUCAAUAUGUCAGGCAAUGAAACCUCGACAGCAGGUCACACUCGACGUAAAAAAAAAAAGCGUGACAGGAAACAUGCGGCAGAUCGGAGCAAUAGCAGAGAUAAAGUUCGAGUUAAUAGUCGCGAUCGGCAAAACAAUCAACAAAAUAGAGAAAACGAUAACUAUAACAAUAAUCAAAAGAACAGUAAUAGCAGUAGAAGAUAUGAUCACAGAAGGCGUAAUAUUAUACAACGUAGUCGUGAAUCUAGUAAAGAUAGGAAUUACCGUGGUAGCAGUCGAAACUUUGAUGAUCUUCAUAGACAUAGAUUGUCCGAUCGGUAUUUAGAUGAAAAUUGGAGAACAGGGAGAAAAAUGUCAGCUUGCGAUUCUGACGAUGGACGACAAACACCUAAUGUUUCCUCUCAUGCCGCUACGCUAUCAAAUACAACUUUGAAUGCGGCAACACAUCAAACAUCUCCUAGCGGAUACAGUAACUCCCAACCACCAGGUGUUCUAGUGUUGCCUGAUACUAGCCAAUCACCACCUAGUCAUCCUAUUCCAAGACAACAAGGACUGCAACAGCAAAGGACAUUAUUCGAUCCCAAUAAUCCCAAUAAACCUAUCGUUGUUACUUCACCCAAUAGCAGAGCUGCAAUUCAAAGAGAAAAUGAAGUCGUAUCUCAAAGCCCAAAUGUGCCUGUGUUCCAGUCACAUGGAGGUAUUGCUUCAGCACACCAUACUUUUCAGGGAACGCACUUAGAAGGUGUGCCGCCACCAUAUAUGACAAAUGACCAAUUCGGUAAUACAAGACCCUCGUGGUAUGAUCCUUGCUCCGAUAGUUUCCGAUCAGCCAAAAACCAUUAUUUACUUUUGGACAUAGAACGCGCUGAUAAAGAGUUGCAAUGGAUAUUAAGUUCUGGUGGUUUGACAACAAAUUGGGAAAGGGUUUUGUACAUACGGCACUUUCUACAAGAAAGUUUGAAAACUUUGCUUGAGACUGAUAUCAAAUUUUGCCAAACUGAGAAUGUUGAACAACACUUUUGGAAAAUACUUUUUUAUAAUAUGAUUGAAAUGCUGCGAAAAGGCAUGCCUAAAGAAAGUUCCGAGGGGCGAGAACAUUAUAAAAAAAUAAUGAUGAAGAUUAUCGACGAUGGUACCGUAUACUUAGAAAAUUUGUUAACUGUCCUUGAAGCCAAAUAUGAAUUUAAAUUGGAUACGUUCGUUGCAUCGUCAACUUUACCUAAAGGUCUUGGGAUCUUGGGUUUAGCUUUAGUGAGCGCGCAAAAAAUAUAUUUAUUUUUGGGUGACCUGGCGAGAUACAGAGAACAAGCAAAUGAAACCAACAAUUACGGAAAGUCUAGGCAGUGGUAUUUAAAAGCACAACAACUUAACCCAAAGAAUGGCAGGCCGUAUAAUCAGCUUGCGUUAUUAGCGCAUUAUGCUAGACGAAAAUUGGAUGCGGUAUAUUAUUACAUGCGAUCACUUAUGGCAUCUAAUCCUUUCCAUUCCGCAAGAGAGAGUUUAAUAGCGCUGUUCGACGAAAACAGAAAAAAGUACGAAUCCACGGAACGGAAAAGAAAAGAAGAGAGAGAAUGGAAGGAAAGAGCCAGGAUGAAAGAAAAAGAAGGUGCAAACAGCAUCGGGGGAGGACUAAGGAGGGAAAUUUGGUUUCAUCCUGGUGGAAGACGAGUUCGUCGUACAACUACUGCAGCCACUGCCAACGAAACGAGAUUGUCUCAUAGUGACUUAGAAGAUUUGGCACAAUUGAGUAGUGUCGAGGUGAACAAACGUUUCGUCACAUCUUACCUUCACGUCCAUGGGAAGCUAAAUACCAAGAUAGGAAUGGAGACGUUCCAAGAGGCCGGUGUACAGAUGCUAAAGGAAUUCCGAGCGCUUCUUCAGCACUCGCCGCUGCCGCUUCCGGGGGCGCGGCUCCUCCAGCUUUUGGCCCUCAACAUGUUCGCCAUCGAGUCGACACAGCUGAAAGAUGCCCAAAUGGAGCAGGGUUACCGGUCCGAGGUCCAAGAAAGGGCACUGGUCGUAUCCUUGCAGAUGUUCAAUCUGAUUUUAGAACGUGGCGUGUCCUUGCUCAAGUCUCAGUUGGACAGCGACGAAGAGCCGAGGAUGGUGGUUAGCGAGGACAUGCAAGUCCUUUUACCAGCUAUCAAGAUUUGGUGCGAUUGGAUGCUCUGCCACAGCACCGUUUGGAAUCCUCCGCCAUCUUGCACGGAUUACAGAGUGGGGCCCCCCGGAGAUGCCUGGAGCAGACUGGCCACGAUGGUGAACCUGUUGGAUAAAUUGAAUUAUUCCAGAUCGAUCCUGAUUCAGGCCAAGGACGCGGUGGGUCGAGAAGACGAGGUCGAGCUGGUGAAACUGCCCGAAGAUACGACCCUGGCAGGAUUCACGCCGCUGAUGUGUAAUCCUCAGGAUCCUUGCUACGUCGACAAGAACGAAGAUAUAGAAAUCGCCCAAGUGUGCCUCAGGAUAAACAAGAUUCUCUUUUUCGGCCAAGUGUUUCUCUGCGGGCUCGAGACGCCAGUUUUGAAGUUACAGAAGAGCGAGACUGGUAUCAGCGAAUACGUAUCCGUAGUCGAGGCCUCCAGCACAAGCACGCCGAGUUCACCCCCGGAGCAGAAUUUGGUACAAGCGAAAUCAUUGAAUCGCUUUCAGAGCGACUCGGAGCUCCUCGUGGAAAGUUACAGCGAAGGGGAGGACGAGCCCCUUCCUUCCCUAAGAAGAUUACCCUCGUGUACAGACGUACCUGACGACACCAUUGCGCCCGUGGCAGCCGUCGAGAUAAGGUCGCUGAUCGAGCGGAAGGAGGAACUGGAGAGGCGGCAGCGGAAGCAGGAUCAUCAUCGACAGCGAGUACAGCAAAUUCUGCAAAACUCCUCGGUGUCUGUAGAAAUCGAAGUGCGACCGAGGCAAUUGGUCCCAGACACCAACUGCUUCAUCGACUAUCUGCCGCAACUGCAAAACAUCACCAAGGCGACAUCCGGUGCGCAGCCGAUCUACACGCUCAUGGUGCCGCUUGUGGUUCUGAACGAGCUCGAGGGUCUGACUAGGGGUGCAGACGCCAGGGACUGUCCUCCAGCCUCGAGGGCGGCUUUGGAUCCAGAGCACGUGGCUCGAGUAGCCGAGAGCGCCAAAGCAGCUCUAGCGUUUGCCAGAAGCAAGAAUCCGGCGAUUCGGUGCUUAACCACCAGAGGAACUGUUCUUACAUCUAGCAUAUUUACAAUGGAGGAGGAUGUCGAGAAGGACGGGCUGACAAGAAACGAUGACAGAAUACUGGCUACGUGCUUGAGCCUUUGCAAAACGGGUAACAAAGAUCAAGUAAAUGCAGAGGAGGGUCAGCCAAGACGUCUGAAAAGGGAGGUGGUCCUACUGACAGAGGACAGGAACCUCAGGGUGAAGGCCCUGGCGAGGGACGUUCCCGUCCGAGAGGUGCCCGACUUCAUGCAAUGGGCUGGCCUCGGCUGAAACGGUUCCCCGACAAACUCACACACCCGCUAAAACGAAAAAUCUCCCGUUACCCCUGCCGAGUAAACAUUGACAAGCAGCAGCAACAGCGAUAAGACCCAAGCAGAGACCGUGUUAAGGAAAGUACGGUACAGAGGGAUGUCUCGUGGAUGUUCGUCGUGCACAGCUCCCCUUCUACACAAACACAUACACACAAACACAUACACGCGCCAAUCGUGACCGAUCAGCCGUCACACGCACGAUAAUGGGGUUUCCGUUCGCGCAACUUCGUCCUGAUUGUCGGAGUUGCCCCUUACGCGGUGAGCGCGUUAUAUUAUCGACGCCGAGAGGAUGACGGAACAGGAUGAUGCGUCCAAGGGGACGGAAUCACUGCGUUUUCCCGCGACGUAGUCACUUAGGGGUCGAGGGGAUGGUGAACGGAGGACGUGAGCGAUUAGGAGCGCGGAGAAACGGAAGACUUAUUUUUCGGUGCGAAAAACGAGCAUGUGGGAAUCGCGUCGUGACGAUUUUUCGAGGUAUAAGGAAAAGUAGAUCGCGAGCGUGGCAGGAUUGGUCGAAAUCCCCGAGGAGCUUUUUCGCGUUGGGGAUACAGGGUGCGGCCUCGACGGCCAAGAAGAUGGCGCACGGGAGAGUCUCCCCGUCUUGUCCGAGGAGAAACGGGAGAACGGUGACUGACUAAAAGAAAAGCGAACGAAAGAGAGUGAAACGAAGUAGGGGAGAGAGAAUAGAAGAAGCGUUGGUAUUUUUACACGUACGAAUUUUUUGGUUGAUUUUUUAUCGAUGACGACCGCUCCGCGGCCGGCUUUUUUUGUGUACCUUCCUUUUAUCAUGUUUGUAACGAUCUAUACACAUAUACAUAUAUAUACAUACAUAUGUAUGUACAUAACUCUCUACAUGUAUAUAUUUAUACGCACUUUUGAAUAUUGUAUACGCCGUAUGCGGUCGUUGGAGGAUGCGCUCGGAAUCCGCGUACAUCUGUGUGUUGUUUGUCUCUUUCCUUUUUGUUCUCUUUUUUAUGCCGUCCUUAGCGAGCUUCGUACCGAAUGGCUCUGGAAUUGACUUUUCGUUUUUCUCACUCGCCAUGCUUUCUUUUUCCAUUCAGUUCCGAUUCAUUUUUUUUUCCUUCUUCUGUCGUGUUGCGCAACAAGUGAACCUCGCGUGCAGUUGGCAUCCUUCAUCGAGCUUUUCGAAGCGUUUUUCGCCGUUGUUCCCUGAUGUUUUUCUGCUACGAGUCUUUUUUUUUAAUAGUUCCAUUUUCUUUUAAUUUUUGAGACGCGUUUAUUUUACGUCGAGAUUUUUUUUUUUUUUUUUUUUUAAAUUUCGCUACACCUCACGGAUCGCAAGGUUGUGUCAAUGAUAAAGGUAAAACUAUCGAUAUCGGUAAUCGUUUCACAGAAAAAUCUUUCGGGCAUUUAUUAGAGUAUUCCCCUAUUAAGUUAGGUAUACUUAAAAUUUGUCACGUUACCAUUUCGUUUCUCGUGAAAGAAGUAUUAAACGCGGCGCCCACGCGGCUGCGAUCCGUGAACGGUCGCGAGAAUCAUUUUAAUUUCUUUUUAUAGCGAUUUACGCGCUUGGUAUCGGCGUGCGGUAAGGGGGAUACAUUUUUUACAGCACAAAGAGCGACCAUUUUAAACGAGCACGAACCGCGGGCAGCAUUUUAAACGCUUCUACACGCGUUCGCGUUCCGUGUAACGUGUUAAAGUUUGAGAGCCAUACCGUACGAGGUUCCCGAAUCCUCGUCGUCGUUUUCCAGCGGCUGCGCGCGUGUCCUUGUAGAGCAUGCUGCGACCGCGUGAAUUUUUAAUCGGGACACCUGCACGCGUCGGGCACGAAAGGUAGGCUCAUUGUGAGGUCGAACGACAACGCUGGUUCACUCGUAUGUACCGCCGGAGACAGUUCCUUUUCGUUGGUGAACGGAACGCCAUUUUGUUUAGAUUUGGUAUUGCUUGGUCGACGCCAUUUUGUUAACCUAAUCGGUAUCAAAAUAUCGAUCGAAUAAAAUAGUUCUUCUAUUUGGUAAAUUGCCGAUGUUUCGUCUAACAAAUGAAUGCCCUUUUAUCCGUCAAAGUAAUUCCACUUUGUUGGCGAAACGAGCGUAAUUUUAUCGACCAUUUUUGGCGUUAUGUAACCAAGUACGCACGCACGUACGAGGAUCAAUUAAAAUGAAUUUUAGCGUGUAACCUGAGCCAACGUUUGUAAUCAACGACUGUCUCCUUUUCAGGCUCGGAGAUGUUUCUCGCAGAGCUUGAAGCUCGAUUUUAAACAAAUUUCUUACACCGCGAAGGCCAGACUUUUUAAGAGGCCUUCGUUCCAAUGACGAUACCCGCGAUGCCGUUUCCCCUUUCGUUUCAUCGCCCUCUGCGAUCCACAUUUUUUUUUUUUUUGUCGCGUCGCAUUCAAACCUUCGGUAGAAAUAGUUGCAUCGAAUAGCCACAAUACUGCACCUUAAAGUUUCCGAUAUAAACGAUUUACGCGCACGUUGUAUAACCAUACCCUCGUAGUAGAUAGAAUCGUCACAGAAAUCGCAAGUCGAUUGCAGAGGGCGACCCGCAGGAACUCUGUGCCGUGAUAAAUAAACGAAUCGAAUUAGAAUCGUCGACCAAGUAUGACUCUAUUAACGAUUCUGCGAUCAAAAACGACAGUCGAUCGUGAAUGUUGGAACCGUGGAUCGAUCGUCAGCGAUCAUCGACAAAGCGUGGAACUGUAACGAUAGUUUCUCGUAUUCAAAUUAGUAUCUACACGCGUUGCAUCAUACCGACUCUGUGCUUUUUCUUGUUGCCUGCGAUCUUUGUGAAUUCUCUUUUUCUUCAUUUUUAUUUUUAAACAUAGCUGUUAAAUUUAGGUGGUAACAGAGAUUUAUUAUCGCUCGUAUUCGUUGAUUUUUGUAGGACCUUAGAGUGUUCAAGGGGAUCGCGUGACCCGCGACGUUGCUCGAUUGCAUAUCAAAGAUUGACCCUUCGCGGCAGAUCGAGCCUCUGGAACGAACAGAAAUUUUUCUACUUGAAAUAUAAUUGGAAAUUGUACAUGAUACGGGGAUCGUAUAAUAAUUUUUGCCCUGCUGCAAUCUUGCAAAAAUUAACCCUUUCGAGCUUCAUUUUUUUCUAGGCUUUUGUGUUUUUAUCAUAAUAUAGUUAAUAUACUCGAUGUAUGAGUUUUAGAAGAGGAAUGAGGAGGGUGGAUGCCAAUUUUAACCAAGAAAUACGUAUUUGUACAUGUAAUACAUGAGAUUGUUGAGGCUAUUUUAGGUUAUAAGUUGUUUACUAAAUUUUAAUUUUAAGCCGUGGGAUGCGUGUACCUCGGUAGGAGAGAAAGGGUUAAAUAGUUGCUCAAGGUUGUUUUCCUCGCCGUGAAAAAGGGAGAAUUAGAGGAUCUAACCCUUCGAUGGCCUUAGACGGCCAAUUCGUUUUACUUCUACUGCAGUCAAUUUUAUAUGUUAUACUCUUUCAUUCAUUGUAUAUCACAACGUUUCUCAAGCUUUUUAAUUCACUUUUCUAAACACUUCAUUUCGCAACAUACUCGCAGGACAUAAAUUCUUUCGUAGCUAAUUGAGUAUCGAAACGUAAAAUACACGAUUAAUGCAGAGAUUUAUUUUAAAUAACAUCGAGACAGCGAAAACCAGAAUCGAUGCAAAGUGCCAGAAACGAUCGAUCGCGGAGGGUAAAUUGUUUAUCGUCGAAUUAAACGCGCUCAAGCGCACGUAGGUACGAUCAAGAACAUUCCGAUUAGAACGAUCGAUAUCAAACUAGCGACAAGAUCAUGGAAACUUUUGUAACCCAUUUUCUUCUCUUUCUAAUUUUGCUGCGUUUUAGCGUCGAUCGGAGAAACAAUUCGGAGUGAUUUUUAUAUCGUCGUCAGUGAUCGACGAGUUCCUCUUUUGUUAGCCGUUAUAUUUGGUGUUUUAAUCGACACACAUUGCGUGUACAGGGUGGGUAAUGUGAUUUGGUACAGUACAAGGGAAACCAUGGUUAAAAUAGGAAAUCAAAUUCUUAACUCGUAGCUUUGUCGAGUUUCAGGUGAAAUCGAUGAAUUAUUUUUUAUAUAUUUUAUCCAAACACCGAAAAAUUUCAUUUACCUAUUUCCAUUAUUUUCCUUGCCCCUUCAGGUGUAUCGUCAAUCAUAUUCUCAACCUGUACAAUUCGACAAAGAGAGAGAGAGAGAGAGAGUGAGAGAAAAAUUGAGAAACGUGGGACCGAGAGACGAAAACGCGACGUGUCCUAUUUUUCGACAAAGAUAUAGUUACUUAACGAAUCCCUAGCGAUUAAACGAUGCAGAUGCGAGUGUGAGAACGCGGUAUAGUGUGCAUGAACCCGAGCAGAGUGAAAGAGCGUAAUCAAGAAUCGAAGAAAUUAAAACCGCGCGACGAUGGAUCGAUUGGCUCGCGCAAAUUGAAUGUAUAGUUAACUUAAUCACUUCUUGAUCGUGCUUUAUGAGUUUUUAUUUCGUAAUUAAUUGUACACCACUGCUAUUAUUAGUAUUAUUUUUUAACGUAGAGAACGUAUACAUUAAUACAGGAUUAGCUCGGUGCUGUCGCGUGGAAACGUGAACGGCACUUUUUGCGAUACCAUUCAAAGCUCCUUAAAGUAGAAAUUUAUCCGCAAAUUGUAAAACGAAAAAAAAAAACCAAUGGUGGAGUGGCGCGAUUGGGAUUCAACGCUAGACUGCUUGAUUCGAAUAAUUCGACAUAUUUUCUUGGAAUAGAGAUAUCGAACAGGAUACGUAAACGAAUCUGAAAAUUAAAAUAUUGGCGUGGAUAUAAGAGAUACCGGGGGUGAUACUGAACAAAUUUGAGAGGAUUCAAAAAUCAGGUAGCUACGGCAUAUUAUAAAAUUUGUAAAAUGUAAUUAUUCGAAAUUCAGUGACGUUUCAUUUAAAUUCAACGUAAUCGCUACUUUACUAGAGUUCUUCUAAAUUUUGCCAAUACACUGUCACUCGUUUCUCGCUACAUCCACAGCAAUAUUGAAACUUUUUAAAGCGUUGGUGCAUCUUACACAUCCUGUUCAACACAUGAUCCAGUUCCAAUCGUUCCAAAUACCGUAGCAAAAAAAUUGUAUUGCACGGAGAACGAAAAAUUGUCCCAGGGAGAAUUUUUCUUUCUCCUAACUAUACGUACGCGUAUUAAAAAUAUCCAAAAAAAUCGUACAAGGUGCUCGUUGAGUCCUGAAUCGCCAGUGACACCGUCGAACGUACACCGUCAUUGUUUUCGCUAACUUGUAAGUAUCUCUCCGUAGGCUUGUUAGAGAUAGGGGCGAACACAAGCAGGCAACGGGGUGUAAGUUCUGAAUCGAUCGCGCGCAUUAGAGAGCGGGGGUGAAUGGUAGAGAAUGGAACAGCCAGCUAGAAUCGGUCGCGUUGGGCAUUCGACGGAAACGAGACGCGAUCGGAGCCACGAGGCAAUAUAACUACCCUCGAAUAUUUGCACAACCUUGCACGAAUCGGAGAUGGGCAAUAUUUUUACCUAUAUAAAUGUCUGAAACUUAAAAAAAAAAAACGGUACAAAGCUCUUUAUUCAUUACACGUGAAAUUAUAAUUGUCACCCUAAACAGAAACAAAAUUCUAGACGUGAUUUAUUAACAAAUCCUUUGCAAUAAAAUUAUGUUUCGACUGUAUAUAUCCAGCAGCCCUAUAAGGGGUGAAACUUUGUGAAAUCUAUUUUGGUACAGAACCAUAGAAUAAAAUGUCGCCCAUCUCUGAACCGAAUCACUGCGACACGUUGGCCUCACCCCGCAAUAGUCUGAACAGUGCAAUAACGUGGCAGGUGAUCGCGACGUUUCCGUCAUCCGUUUUCGUUCGAUUCGAGGCAUUCGAUACCUACACGGAUCGGUUCGAAUCUCACUGGACUCGUUCGGAGGAAUUUCUGCUUUCUUACACGCGUCGACGACGAUCAAGGAACCGUUAUUCUGGGAACUUUUUGUAGCGAUUGCACGAGAAUCUUCGGUUCGUCGUGUUCCGAUGGUGCUCGUUGAACCGGGCACCGUCGAAAUUUUGCGAAACUUAUUGUCACGGGGUCCGUGUUGCGAACGGAUUAUUUUUUUAAAAGGGAGCUUGCUAAUUCUACUCGAGCCCACUGCAGAAGAAUGUAGUAAUAGAAGUCACUGGAUACAUAUCUAAACUAUUUUAAUAUCGCAGAGUUAACAUCACCGGAGAAAGCAAUUUACUCGCAAAUCAAUUUAAAUAAUUUAUUUGGCUGAUCGCGUUACCGAGAUUUAUAUACAAAAGUUAAAUUGUCGCUAUAACUACAUAUAGCUACCAUUGUAACCCUUUAUCUAGAAAGAAGUUAUUCUCAUUGGGUUCCGGAGGGUUAGGAAGCUCUCGUUCGAUUGAUUUUACGCUGGCCAUAAAUAAAGAAACAAACAAAAAAAAAAAAAAAAAACGGGGAAAAAAUGAAUAUUGAACCGCCUGACGAUAGAUAGACAAAUGACGUAGAUUUAAGGACGUCGACGCAAGGAGAACCGUGGUGCGUCGACGUCGCCAUUUUUAAUGCGCGAUUUAUACGUCCUGGAGCGACGGCGGUCGCCUCUGGUCGCUGUUCCCAGGGCAAAAACAUACACCGUAAGUGUACCUAUAAAUGCAUAUAAAGUAUACAUUGUAUGAAUAUGUGAACACACGCAUACACACACGUACACACAACUCGUCACCGAUUUUAUUCAAGAUUCUCGCAAUAACAAUAUACGCGUAUAGAAUUAAAAUAUGUAAACAACGGGGGAGAACCGUUCGUUUGUAUCUCGUCUGGGAAUGAAAGUUUCAGCGACGUGACGAUUGUGUUGAUAAAAAAAAAAAAAAAAAGAAAAAAAAGAAAGAAAAAAAAGAAAAAGAAAGAAAGAAAAAAAAUACGAUAAUUACGGUGGCGAUGAACGAAGAAACAUAGAAUGAAGAACGCGAUCCGAUGAUCGCGAACGAUGACGACGCGGCGGUAGAAUUUUUAGGCUAAUCAUUUAUUACACUUACGAAGAAUGUCGCUACUAUAGUGUUACCACUUUGAUUAUUCAAUAAAACGUGACGUUGACGGAA